AUGGCUCCCAGGAUAGCUGCCCGGGAACCACGGCGAGGACCAGCAACUAAUCCGACCGCAGAACUCGCAACCGAAUCCACUGCUUUUCCUGACCGACCUGACUCUUCAACUGUUCACAAGCUUUACCAACGUAACGCCACAACGAAACGACCGGGCCAACAGCCUUUUCACAAUACGGAUACCAAGAAACCCUCCGCCAAAGAAGCGCUAAGCGAAAUUCUUGGGAAUUUUCGGAAAUGCCUGUACCUGGAAUCCACAAGUCAAAAUUACAACGAAAAGGGUAGCUUCAAAACACUGGGAGAGGUAACCGAGGCGACUACCAGGCGACGCGAGGGCUCAGCCCAGCCCGGCCCCCCGGCCUCUGCGAACACCUUCCUCCCGCGGCGCGGCGGCUCCGGCAAGCCGCGAAAAGCCACUCGGGAAGCCGCUCGCUCACCUCUGACCCCGGCCAAGAUCUCGCGCGCCUACCAGUCCGCGGCGGGCACGCCACUCUCCCCUCCUCCCCCCGCCCACCUGGGCGGGACGCAGCCGCGCUGGGCCUCAGGACCGCGCCGCUGGCUCGGCCGGGACGCGACGCGCGGCCAAUGGCCCCGCGCAGCAAGCCGCACGCUCGCCCCCACGCCCCCUCGCGGGCGUGUCGCAGCUCAACCGAAGGCCUGCUCCGCGCCUGCACUUCCGACGGGCGCGCUGGGCGGGGCGAGUUGGGGCCUGAGGGCGGAAGAGGUGGAGCUGAGGGGGCCGGGCGGCCCUGAGGAAUCUGGGCCGGCGGCUGGCGUCGCCGGGGCGGGUCCCCUCAGAGCCCUUGGGGACUCGUGCCGCGAAGGGGGCGGCGCCCACAGGCUCCUUCGCUGCCAGGGCCUCCAGCUCCGUAGAAUGCGAGGGGUUUCAAAGUUGGAAGGCAGAGAAAUACAGAACUGAUGAUGCAACUUUAUUUGGAAAAGGGAUUUACAUUCCAGUGAGAUGAUUGUAGAAAAUGCUCUGUAGAGUGUGACUCACAGAGAGAAAGAAAAGCAGAGACACAGGCAGAGGGAGAAGCAGGCUCCAUGCAGGAAGCCCGAAGUAGGACUCAAUCCGGGGAUCUCCAGGAUCACACCCUGGGCUGAAGGCGGCGCUAAACCACUGGGCCACCGAGACUGCCCUAAUUUCACUUAUUUACUCAUGUUUAUACAAAUACUAAAUGCAGACAACUAAAACAAAUAACAUUUUUUUUCCUUUUCUGAUAAGGAUAAGUGAUCAUAGACAGUUUCAAAUGAAACUAUCUGAAGAAUUCAUUUUUGGAUAGAAACAUUGAAAUUUUCAGUCUCCAUCACUGUUCAUUGUUACUCUCGUUAAAUUUCAUUGGA